AAAAGUUUUAGUAUUGACUAGGUUGUGCAAGAAAAACAAGCACAAAAUGUUAUGCCUACUUUAAAAACACCCUGUAUUUUCUUCAGUUGUGUGUGAGUAGUAUGCGAAGAAUCUUCUGUCUAUAUUUAUCAUGUCCAAAUAAAGGAUGCAGACGGCCAUAUUCCCCUCUUUUAUAAACAUGGAAAAUGUUAGAGCAGUUGUUGUAAUUAAGUGAAAAAUAAUUAACUGAGGCUGUAUCACUUUAUGGAAAUAUGGAUUGUCACUAAUGGUCAGGGAUUGGUUUCUGAACGGAGGAUCUAAUCAGUGGAAUGUAGGUGACCAAUUAUGUUUUCACCAACUAGAUCAUGAGAUGGUUUGAUGAGCCCAUGAAAAUGGAAGAGGCCCAAAUAGAAUUGGUCUAUGUAACAGAUAGAAUAAUUUGUAUGUCAUUCCUAUCUGAAGGCCAUAAUGUGGAAUAUCAAAGGGAUCUUCAAGAUGUGUUUCAUAUGCUUCGUGCAAAACAUGGUGAAAAUGUCUUAGUUAUAAAUAUCUCUGAACCUAGAGAUGACCUACAAAGAGCCAAUAACCAAAAGGUUAUUGAUUUUGGUUGGCCAGAGCAUCUGGCACCACCCCUGGAAAGGUUGUGUAAUAUCUGUAAGAGUCUGGACUCCUGGCUGAACUCGGACCUCAGUCAUGUGAUUGUCCUGCACUGUAAAGGUGGAAGGGGACGAUUGGCCGUCAUCAUUGCAGCCUUCCUCAACUACAGUAACAUCUGCUCAAGCUCAGAGCAACUUUUGGACCGAAUGGCAAUAAACAGGUUCUAUGAGGAUAAACUCGGUGGACUUAAAAAUCCUUCCCAUCGAAGGUACAUAGAGUACUUUUCAGGGCUCCUUUCGGGUGCAAUAAAGAUAAAUUCAAACCCUCUCUACCUCCAUCACUUAGUAAUGCAUGGCGUCCCAAACUUUGACAGUCGUGGUGGGUGUCGACCUUUCAUCACGGUGUAUCAGAGCAUGCAGCCAGUAUUCACAUCUGGUGUCUACAAUGUCACAGACCAGAUGCAGAAAGUGUGUAUUUCCAUUUCCCCGGGAAUUCCUCUGAGAGGGGACAUAAUGAUUAAUUGUUACCACAGAGCUAACUCGGGUCAUAAGGACCCAAUCUGGAAAUGCCAGUUCCAUACCUGUGCUAUUUCCAAUUACAACCUCUUGUUUAGCAAGGAGGAUUUAGAUGAUGCAGAGAGAGAUCCAAGAUUCCCAGACAAUGGAAAAAUUGAAUUUGUGUUUGGGCCAAAUCAAGAUGCUGUUGUUCCAGUGACUGACUUUAAGUCAGAUGUUACAGUGCCUGUUGAAGACAAUGCAGAUGAGCUUGGAGGUCAGGAGUCGAGAUACAUUGAUGGAUAUUCAAAAAUUGAAAAUGUCUUAAGGAAAGAUGAACAGAGCUCUUCAUACAGCAUGGACACCAAAAGAAUGCAGAAUAGUAAUAACAACACAAAGUCCUAUGGUUCCCAGAGCUACAACACUUCAUACUCUACAAAUGCCAAGCAGUCCGUUACACCUCUGGACGAACAAACACAACUGGAUGAUAUUUUGAGUAAUUUACUAAAUGACCAAGUGAUCAGUCCUAAGUCAGGAUCUAGCACAAUGUCAAAAGAAACUAGAACAUUCAGGACCUUUGAAACACAUACAGGACCGGAUGGGAAAAUGGCACAUCAAUCUGCAGAAGUUACAUACAAACUACCAGGAGAGGUGAAAGAGGAGAGACAUUACACAGUGAAGACUGAGAAAUCAUCUUCUCCAUACAUGCCAACUAAGGCAUUUAGUUAUACAACCUCACCAGAGAUGGCUCGUAAAUUCGACAGCCCUAAAUCUAACACUCUCCCAUAUAAAACGGAUUAUGACAAUCGUUAUCAAUCUGAUAUGUCAUCUUCAUAUAGCACCAUGCAAAAUGGAAAAAUGGUCCCAGAGUCUGAUUCUUGGUUGCAACAGCAGCAGAAAAAAUUAAGGGAUAAAAAGGACUACAAGGAUGAUGUUCGGGUUCAACAGGAAAAGAAACUGGUAGAAGAGCUGCGCUCUGCCCAAAAUCGCUACAUGACAAAGCGUGCUCAGAGUGAAGAGGAAGCUGCCUGUGUGAAAAAUUCCAGCCUGUCAAAUGGCCCAGCCUCUGCCCCUCCCCAAGGAUACAGCUACUCGAUGUCAAGAACUCACACAUACUCAACAGAGAAACCUCCAGGCACUUUCUCCUCAGGUGAUUCAACUUUCGAUUCUAGAGUAACAAAGCCCACAAGUCCAACCAGGGGACUACAAACAAAGGUCAUUUUACAGCCAGCUUCUGCCCCUAUUUCCCCUCCUUUGCGAUCCAGUAGUAAGAACUUCAUGCAGCGAUCUCGUACUCUAAGCAAUAGUGCAGUGGAUGGAAAAGGCCCUCAGAAGCUACUAAGGCAAAGCUCUGAUGUGACCUUUGACCGUAAGGAUGAUAUCCAGCCCCCUGUCAUUCGUCAAAUUACCAUUACAACCCCUCCCCGUAGCCCAAGACCUUUUUCCCCCACUUAUCAGACAAGUACAUAUAGGUAUUCUAAUCGAUCUGCUGCUAGCUUGUCUCCUCCAGUUGAACGAAAGACAUUUCAGAGGGAAUUCAUGACUCCUCCAGUUCAAGAGCCAACUGUGAUGAGACACACCAAUCAGAGAUCAUUCUCUUCUUCUGAAUCUGACAAAUACAAUACCAAGAGCCUACCUCGACAUGCAGCAACUAAGUCAAAAGUCACCGAAAUUCAUGAGUCGUCUUUACCAGAAGGCAAGAAAAAAUCUCAUUAUAUAACUGAGGUCUAUGUACACCGCAGUCCAGGAGCAGUGCCCACAGGAACUGUAGAAAAAUCAUACAAAACAGACCGAGAUUUGCUGGAAUCUAACAAAUUGGAUGAUCUGCAGCAGUCUUUGAGUGCUGUCAACAACACAGUCCUAAAUCAACAACCACAGCAGACGACAGGUGGAUAUACCCAGGAGCAUGUUGUCACCAGGCGGAUGGAGACGCGGAAGUAUGAAACCAACUACCAACAGCAACAGGAGCAACAGAUGCCCAACACAGUGGCUGGGCAGUCCUAUGCCACCACACCAAAGACUUCACGUACUGUGGAGGAAGACCGCUUCAGUUUGAGGCCUAUAGGACCAGGUAUGCAGCCCUUGGAGCCUGAAGGCUCACCUACAAAUGUAGGAACUCUCAACAGAUCUACAACCCCUAGCUUCCCCACAGCUACAACGCCAAGUUUCCCAGUCACUCCAGGAAUGUAUACAGAUAACAGUCACCAGAUGAUGCAACGAGAACAACAAUCACAGAAUCAAACGAUGGAGAGACAACACUUUCAGUAUCAACAGAACUACCAAACCAGUCACCAACAGCAGAGCUAUCAAACGAACCAUCAACAACAUCAACAGCAUCAACAGCAGUACCUAACGGAGGAUCAACAACACAUGGGCACUAGGAGUCCUCUGCACAUAGACACCUCUAGUCCUCCAAUGCUCUCAACUGGCAUCGGGUCACGAAGUCCUGCAAGUCCCCACUCUCCGGAGACCCUGAACACCUUGAGACAUCAGCUCCAUGUUGCCAAUAACAAUGUGUCACAAUCUGCAGCACUCAGUCCAAACACCGUCACUGGCCAGAGCUCACCCAGCGUGUACUUUGGGCUCUCACGACGAGGAAGCUUGUCGUCUGUAGCUGACUCUGUAGAUGCUACACAUGCUACACCAAAGUUUGUCAAGGACACAUCGAAAUUCUGGUAUAAACCCAACAUCUCCAGAGAAGAAGCUAUUCAAUUACUGAAGGAUAAGCCACCUGGUACCUUUGUGGUAAGAGACAGCAAUUCUUUCCCUGGAGCCUUUGGUUUGGCUCUGAAGGUAGCCACUGUCCCUGCUAACGUUCAGACAAAGUCGUCUGGGGACCCAUCAGUAGAUCUCGUAAGGCAUUUCUUAAUUGAACCGACCCCUAAAGGAGUGAGACUUAGAGGAUGCAACAAUGAACCUGUUUUCGGAAGCCUAGCUUCUUUAGUUUACCAACAUUCAUUGACCCCAUUGGCCUUGCCAUGUAAACUAGCUUUACCAGAACCGGAUACCAUUCACGAUCAUGUAGAUGGCCCAACAUCACCAGACAUACCAAGUUCUGCUGCAGCACUUCUUGCCCAGGGGGCAGCUUGCAACGUUCUGUAUCUGAACUCAGUGGAUACCGAGUCCCUCACUGGGCCCCAAGCUGUUGCUAAGGCAAUAAAGCAGACAUUCGAUGGUAACCACAAACCAAAGCAGACUGUUGUUCACUUCAAAGUGUCUAAUCAGGGUAUCACUCUCACCGAUAACCAGAGGAAACUGUUCUUUCGAAGACAUUACCCUGUAUCUUCUGUCACUUACUGUGGGAUGGACCCAGAGGGAAAACAAAUUUUUGGUUUUGUGGCAAAGAAGCAAAGUGGUGGAAAUGACAAUACCUGCCAUUUGUUUGCAGAACUGGAUCCUGGUCAGCCAGCAUCUGCUAUUGUCAAUUUUGUAACAAAAGUUAUGAUUGGUCAAGGGAAGAAAGAUUGAAGAGAACUAAAUUUUCUUUGGCAUUUUACUUUCUAACCCUCCUUUAUGUUGAUAUAUUUCUUGUAUAUGAUCAGUGCUUAGAUAGCUUUAAUUGUAUAUUUUGUCAUUCUGCUAAAAUAAUAUUUAUUCAAGUUAAUGAUCUGAACUGUAGAGGUUCUUAGAGCAAAGAAUUCACAAAAACAAUUAACACCCAUCCGGAUUUUGAUAAAGAGAAAGUAAGAGGUCGUUUUCAUACAAGAGUGUUGUGCGUCUUGAUAUUGUAUGCGUGUUAUAAAUGUAUAUUUUUAUAUGCAUUAUAUGUAUGAAUUCAUAUGAUUGUUGAAUGAUUUUAAAAAUUUUACCCCAAUUUAAACCACAUGAUUUUUAAGUAGUAAAUAAUGUGAUUUACCGACAGUAAUGCUGAAAUAUAAACCCAAAAGAAAUAUCCUUUUGUCAUCUAUUUCAUAGCUAUUGUUUGAACAUGUAUGUUUUAAACAUUAUAAGUGUAUUUUUCAUUAUAGUAAUAAAACUGUUUGCUACAAGUUUUUAUAUCAUUGUGAUCAUAUCAUGAAUCAUUAUGCAAAUGUACAGUGUACUGUUUGUUGUUAGUUCAUUGUAAUGCUUAUUGCCUACCAUUACAGCAUGUUUGCUGCUGUUGGACUUAUUACAAGAAAGUGGAUUUGUACUUGGAAUAAUUGAUCUGUUAAUUAUGACUGAUUGCUCUGUUAAUUGGACUGUAGUGUCUUCCACAAUUGCUGAUGUUGGCAUACAGACUUACUUGUUCUUGAUCGGGUAUUUGUAAUCAUGUAUAUGAAACAAGCUAUUUUGUAGACGAUUCUUUUACACUGUUAAUGAUAUAGUCCACUCAUGUGCUAAAACUUCACUUGUUAUAAUUGUUGAUAACCCUAUACAUUGAUUAUUCUCGUCCGAGGUUGUAUUCAACUCCAUAUAAAAUGUGAUUUAAAUGAAUUAGAAAUGAUCUGUAUUAUUUUUCUCCUUCCAGGUCUACUUUAUAUUAUUUACCGGUAUUGAAUUAAAAUGAUUAUAAAAUAUUGCCUAACGUGUUCAUAAGGCAAAGUAUCACUGCUGAACCUUGGUGUAUAUUUGUCUUAGAUUUCUGCAUUGUACAGUGUAUUGUUUUAUUUACAUUUAUAUAUCAUAUGCAAUUAGCUGUUGUGUACAUAUAUAAAAGUUGUAUACAUUGGGUGUGAAAUGAAUAAACUUUACUAGAGGUUGUCCAACAUAUUUAUUGCCCCUCCCCCCUCCUACACAUACAAAGUGACAGUUUACCUAUGAUUAUGAAAACCAUAUGUUGACAAUUGUCUUAAAUGCUUACUUGAUGGAUGUUGAGAUAAAUGUAGAAAUGUUCUGGGCAUUUGAACAAAGUUUUUCAAAAAUAUUUUGCACAUUACAACAUAAUACAGGUUUUUGCAGUUUUAAGAUGGACUUUGUUUCAUAACACAAUAUCUUUAUCGUAGUAAAUUCCACAUUCUUCACAGCCAGACAUUUGUGUUGUAUGUUUCCUAUGGUAGCUAAGAUUGAAAUGUCAAUUUUCAAAUAAUGUGAUAUUUUAGAAUGAUAUUUCCUUUAACAAAAUCUCGAUUUUUUUCUUCAAUAAUUGAUUUGGACUAUGUGAGUAAUUCUGAAUAUAAAGUGUAGGAACUUGGUUUCUUGCCAAUUCACUGCUGCAUUUGAAAUAUUUAAUUUGGAAAGUUUUGCUAUUUUUACUGUUUUAAUAAUCGUUGAACUCAAGUGACUGAUUCAGUGCAGCAGGAGUUCUAUGACUAGGGUGCUAUUAUCUCAUGCAUGAGUAUAUGUAAUAUAAGUGUGUGCGUGAGAUGUGUGCUUUUAUAUAUAUAAAACUGUACUUAGUGUUUUCGGCUUUACCUUGGAAAUGGUUUAUAUGUAUACAUAUUUUGUACCCGUGUUACCUUAGUUUUACACAGUGCUCCUCAAAUCUGAGCGCAUCAGUAGCUAAUAGCAAAACAGUAUAAUCAUUGUCAAUGUACGUUUCAGAAUACAUGUACUUCUAGAGUAGUUAGGUCCUUUUAUAUAUUUACUGCAAUCAUUCGAGACAUUAGAUCUGAAUGACCUCAAACCAUUCAAAUAAAAUACCCCCAGUAAACUUUGAAAAUUGAACUCUAGCAGCCCUGUACAAUCCUAUGAUGAUAUUCCAUUCUGGUAAGCAGUUUGUGUUUUAGUGGAAAUUCUUUGUUAGUCAGGUUCAGAGAUGGAUCCAAAUGUGUCUCGUAGUGUGCUACAGAACAUCUUUCGUAGAAUACAUUAAGUCUAUCCACUCCUUUGGAUCCACCUGUACUAAGGUAGAUUUUGUUAUCGAAGUGCAUGUUGCAAGUGGCUAAGGAUUGCACAGGGUAUGGUAUACAUACACUUUCUAACUUUGUUGUACUAUUUCAAUAUGUAUGCAAUAAAUUUUGUUUUUAGUGUGCAAA